ACCACGAGCGUCAUUCAGGUUGACCAACACAACUGGUGCUUCUUUAGGACAAACCUCCCCUUGCCCAACGAAUUACCGUGCAAACGCGGCAAUGGUGCUCAAGAGACAUGCCUCGUCCCUUGAGUCACCAUUCAAGCGCACCUCGGUGCGCCCGCGACUACCGUCACGAUGUCCUCUUUGCAGCUAUUCCACGAGAAUGCCCAGGGAACCCAAAACCAUUGCCAUAUUCGGAGGUGGCAUAUCCGGCCUCUCGAGCGCCUACUUCAUCGCCAAGCGGUUUCCGAAUACCAAGAUCACAAUUUAUGAGGCCAAAGAGAGGUUAGGGGGCUGGAUGCAAUCACAGCGGGUGGUACUUAAUAAGGAUUCACUUAAUGGGCAACGGAUAUUGCUUGAAUAUGGACCUAGGACGUUACGGACGGGCAUUCUAACACUUCCUACGCUGCAACUGAUUGAUGACCUGGGACUGCUCGACGACGUCCGUACCACUUCCAGAGAAGCGGCCGCCUCGCAAUCGCGCUAUAUAUUAUACCCCAGAAAUCUCGUUCGACUUCCGUCGCCUGGGCCGCCAGACUUCCUUCUCCUCUGGCACUUAUGGGUCUCGGGGCUGCUCAAGGGCAUACCCACACUUUUGAUGGAGCCGUUCCGGAAGGGUCGACCGGAGGAUCAGAGGGACAAAGACGAAUCAAUCGCCGACUUUGUUGCCCGCCGCCUGGGUAGAGAUUAUCGAGUGGCCGACAAUCUCGUCUCGGCGGUGAUACAUGGCAUCUAUGCAGGAGACAUCUACAAACUGAGUGCCAAGGCAAUACUGCCGCAAAUAUGGCACUUGGAGCGUUAUUAUGGCUCUGUUUUGGAGGGCCUGGCGAGACUUAGGGUAGGGGUCAAGGAGCUCACUGACAGAGGCAUAUUUUGUACUGCACUUUCGCGGUAUGACUGGGAUACCAUCAAUCACAUGAUGAGAGAUAUGGACUUGGAUCUGCGGGUUUUGGAACGAUUGUCUGUAAGGGAAACAGCGACGUAUACUUUUAAGGAAGGCCUGCAGCAGUUGGUAACCCGACUGGAAGAUGAGCUGCGCAGGAAGGAAAACGUGGAAAUCCUCACACAGACACGGGUUUCGGACUAUCACUUAAACGCCAACAAUCAACUUGAAGUCACAUCCUCUUCCAAGACCAGUAACGGUAGGAACCGUACAUUUGACUUCGCCGUCUCGACCCUCCCAAACCCCUCAGUUGCCCCGGCAGUCACUGUCAUGACAGUCAAUCUCUAUUAUACAAACCCUCAGGCAAUCGAGAAAUGGCGCCUCGGUUACACAGACAGAGAGAAAUCCGAUGGCUUCGGUUAUCUUAUUCCCAGGAGCGUGGACUUGAAGGAAAACCCCGAACGCGCCCUUGGUGUCGUUUUCGACCACGAUGCUACGCAGAAUCUAGACCAGGUGCGUGGCACUAAACUCACAGUCAUGUUAGGAGGGCACUGGUGGGACGGUUGGAGAGAAUUCCCCGAUGAGAAGGAGGGAGAGACAAUGGCCAAGAGUAUCGUUAAGAGACACUUGGGCAUCACGGAAGAGCCCGAUCUAUGUCAUGUCUCACUUCAUGAGAACUGCAUCCCGCAGUAUACGGUGGGGUAUGAGGACCGCGUCCGUUCAGAGGGAUCCCGAUUGGCGGAUUUGUACAAGGGGCGUCUAUGGGUUACUGGAAACCACUACAACGGUGUGGGUGUUAACGAUUGUAUCCGCGGGGCGUACCUGUUAGCACAGGAUAUGGAAAAUGGGGGUUGGCUGGAUGACAACCAUAGGAUUGGUCUACGCAAGUUCUACGAUAGUGGCGAGUGGUUCAUGGGACCCAAUCAGUUCGCACUGGAGAGGACGCUGUUUGGGUCUGAAUUGCCGAAGUACGAGUUGGCCAGCCUCGGGCAGUAGGGCUGGUAAAGGUCAUUGAGUGUGCGUGUUUGAUGGCUUCAGGUUGAGGUGGAGUGCACUAAAAGUGACACUACAUCGAAGAGAAAGAUUUAAGCAAAUGCGCUAAGAACUCAAUUCACAUAUCUAAC